AUGAGCUCAACGACACACACUUUGGCCGGGAAAUCGGUGCUUGUCACUGGCGGCACACGUGGCAUUGGGCGUGCAAUUGCGCUGCGGUGCGCGCGCGACGGGGCAAGCGUGGCAGUGCUGGGGCGUAGCGCAGACUCCAGCGCGGUGGCCGACGAGAUCAGCGUGGCCGGCGGGCGCGGGCUGGCGCUCACGUGCGACAUGGGCAACGACGCGCAGGUGGCAGCGAGCGUGGCGCGGGUGGCGGCCGAGUUUGGCGGCAUCGACGUGCUGGUCAACAACGCGACGGUGCUGGUGCUGAAGCGCACGUCCGAGCUGACGAUGGCUGAGUACGACCUAAUGAGCACCACCAACGCGCGCGGCGCAUUCGCAGCCGCCAAGUACGCGCUGCCGCAUCUGCGCCGCAGCGCCAACGCGCACAUUCUGACACUGUGUCCGCAGCCGCAGCUUGAGGCGCGGUGGUUCGAGCACAACAUGGCGUACACGGCGUCCAAGUUCGCCAUGGGGCUGAUGGCCUUUGGGCUGGCCGCUGAGCAGCGCGCCAACGGCAUCGCAUCCAACGCGCUGUGGCCCUACACGACCAUUGCGACCGACGGACUGGCCGAGUGCGGCAACGCAGAGCUGCAGGCGCGGCCGCGCACGCCCGAGAUCAUGGCCGACGCCGCCUACUGCAUCGUCACGCAGCCGGCCGCCGAGUUUAGCGGCAACUUCUGCCUCGACGAGGUCGUCCUGCGCGAGGCCGGCGUGCACGACUUUGACCGCUACAGUGCUGUCCCGGGCACGCCGCAGGGCGACCUGAGCCGUGACCACCUGGUGUCGGCGGAGCAGCUGGCGCGGCUGCACGAGCUGCAGGGAAAUUGA